AUGGCUUCCCGAGUCCUUCGCAACCUCAACUUCCGCGCCGCCGCCGUCCGGCCGCGCUUCACCGCACCCGCGGCGGCGACUAGAAGCCGGGCGUUCGCGGGCGGCGCGGCGCGGCGGCACGCCUACAAGGACACGCAGGACCGCGAGUCGUUGAACCCGAGCGGGACCGAGGGAACAAAGACGGGGCGGGACUCGGACGUGGCGCACGAGGACGGGGCGUUCGACCCGUCGACGACGUGGCCGGGGACGGAGAAGGACGAGGCCGGCGGCGGCUCCCUCGACGUGUCGGGCGCGAACCAGGCUGUGUCCAAGCCGCAGGGCGACAAGGCUGGCGGCGAUGGCGGGCCUGGCAAGGAGACGAGGAAGGGGGGCAAGAGCGGUGGGAAGAGCGCGGCCAAGGCCGGUGACGCUUGA